GGAUCUGCAGAAGAGCAAAGGCGCCGAGACUUGGAGGCAUCACGAAAGCGGACCAGAAGCUCCACAGCAGCAAGGCAGCCGCGGAGUGAGCAGCCUGCUCCGAAAAGGAGGCGCCGUCGGAAAGGUCCUGGUCACGAUGGCGCUCCAGCUGUCGCAGAUGGUGGUGAACAGCCCGAUCUCGACCCCGAACUCGAGCCUUCGCAUGCUGAAGAUGCGCGAGAGCGUGAGCUUGAACUGGACAAUGUCGACAGUGUUGAUCAUGAUCGCCACUCGAAUACAGACAGUGAUCAUUCAGAAGCUUUGGACCUGGCACUGGAACAGCUAGAAAAGGAAUUGCCAGCUGAUGCAGCUCCACCAGAUGCCGAGCAGGCUGCCACAGCCCGCCCGGAGACGUCCUUGGAAGAACAAAGACAGGCUCUCUUGAGCAGGUUGGAAGCGAAAGCUGCAGAAACAACGACCGCAGAUUCUGUUGCUGAUGCUGAGGCUGCUGUGGGGGCAGCCACAUCCCGUGCUGGCAGAAAGAAAACUGGCACCGAAAUCGUUGUUCCCGUCGGGCAUUAUGGAGAGCUGCAUUACUACCCGCCGAGUAACAGCUGCACAGCCAUAUGCAGAUGCAAACGCCAUGGCAAUGAUUGCAAAAAGAGCAGAACCUUCAAUGAGCUCAAGAAUCGCAGCAGCGGUAGCCGUGAUCGUGAAAGUCUUCGCUCAGGCCAAGGGAGACCCGUUGGCUUGCUGGUUCAGUGGCUCAUGUGUCAAGACAGUCACCCGGACAGACAAACACAUUGCGACACAGCUCUUCCACUCCUCUUCAGCUUGGACGAACGCAAGACAGCACGAGCGUUCUUCAGUAGCAUGCCAAAGGCGGAUGAAAUUCUUCGACGUGAGCGUGCGCAGAAGCCUGGGGAAAGCGAGGAGCCUGAAUUCAUUUAUUAA